AUGGCGCCUGGGCGCGUCUUCCCUGCGCCUAAGCGGGGCAAGGCGCGCGCUGUCCUCAAGACGGGGAAGCCCAAGCGGAAGGCCCCGAAGCACGUGCCUUACGUGCGGCACGGCAAGAGAACUUGCACGUCCAGGCCGGAGCGCGUUGCUUUCAAGAGGAACGUGUUCGAUUUCAUACGAGCAAGUGACCGCGAGAUCGUCGACAUGUUGCUCGAGGACCAGGACGUCCAGGGCCGUGGACCGCGGUACCGCUGCAACCACAAGGGUUGCCAGAAGUUCUCCUUGCCCCAGAGCGGGCACAUGGUCUUCAGCAGCGGCUCUGGCGUUGCCGCGGUGCCCUUGCAGGAACAGUCUGCCGUGCUUUUCGCUGUCGUGAACAACGCCCCCCUUGCCAAGAUCCAUGCGCUCACGGGCAAGAACCACAAGGCGAUCGAGAGCAUGAGCAAGUUCAAUGAUGCGUGCCGAAAGAGCGACGUGCAGCAGCAGGAGAAACUGAUUUCUUUCGGAGGAAAGGGGCGGACGUGGAAAGAUGUCGAGGCCGAUGAGGUCGACCUCAGGGGCGAUCUACUGCCUGAUCACGCGGAGCGAGCUGAGAACGAGCGGGUCCAGUGGGAGCAGUGGGGCGGUGUCAUCGAAAGAGGCAAUCGCAAGACAUUGGUGUUGACGCGCCUCAAGCCAAGCCUCACCAAGCAGAGGGCGCCAGGCCCAGGCGCGAUACGCUUGCCUGAUUGGACGCCGUUCGCUCACAAGAACUUGAGCAACAGGAACGUUGUGCUCCACACGGACGGGGCAAAAACGUACAAGGUCAAGGUCGAGGGGAUGCUCCACGACCACGUCGUGCACCAGAGGAAGCGGCUCGUGAAGAAUGGCAAGCCCGUGAAGAAGAACGGCCGCCAGGUGUGGGUGAAACCCACGUACGCCAAGAAGUUUCAGCAUAAACUUCCUGGUGGACGAGUCCUCAAGUGCAAAGGCGGGACCCAGAUCAUCGACAGGUUCUGGCAGCACUUGCGCGGCUUCAUCAAGACCAGGAAGAGCUCCGUUGGCUCGGUGUCAUUGAACGCCAGGGUCCGAUCGGCCCAGUGGGCGUACUGGCAUGCCAGCGAGGACCUGUGGCUGGAGACUGGCAAGAUGUUCAGCCGCUUGAGGGGGAAGUAG